UUCAAAUCAGCUGCCGACAAAAAACUAUACAAAUAUUAAUUAAUUCCUUUUUUUUAAAGAAAUACACACAGCUUGUUAAUUAACAUAAUGUGCUUUUAGCGGCUGGACUGAAAAGCAGGUUAUACGUCGCGUCUGAAGAUGAUAUACCAUAUUCCCUGGAUCUACACACCUGUGCGGAGUGUGCUGGCAAUCUGGCACCAGCUGACCAAAACCGAGAUCCCAGAGCUGGCCAAAUGCUCGGUGCUGAUGAGGGAGCGCAGCAGAGUGGAAGAGACGAUCUAUUCCAUGCAGCGAGCGGGCGCAGGCAGCCUGCAUGUUAUCUCCGACUUCGACAUGACGCUGACCAGAUUCGCCCACAACGGCAAGAGAGUGCCCACCACCCACAACAUCCUGGAUAACCGGUUGUUGAUUAAUGAAGAUUGCACCAGAAAUAUGAGGGAGCUGUUGAACACCUACUAUCCCAUAGAGAUUGAUGCUGGUCGGGCUGUUGAAGAAAAGCUGCCUCUUAUGGUCGAAUGGUGGACUAAAGUACAUGAACUCCUCAUUGAGCAGAGGAUCAGGAAGGACAUGCUAGCUCAGGCUGUUAAGGAAUCCAGCGCUAUGCUCAGGGAGGGCCACAACGUGUUUUUUGACCGUCUGGCAGAGCUCCAGGUCCCUCUGUUGAUCUUCUCGGCCGGUGUUGGAGACGUCCUGGAGGAAGUGAUUCGACAAAACGAUGUCUUCCAUCCUAAUGUGCACGUCAUCUCCAACUACAUGGACUUUGAUCACACCGGGGUCCUGCGAGCCUUCAAAGGCCAACUGAUCCAUACCUUCAACAAGCGGGAGGGGGCUCUGUCACAUGCAGCUUGCCUCACAGAGCUGCAGGGUCGGCCCAACGUGCUGUUGCUGGGAGACUCUUUGGGAGACCUGACGAUGGCUGACGGGGUGUCAAAGCCUGAAAACAUCCUGACCAUCGGCUUCCUCAACGACCAGGUGGAAGAGAGGAAAGAGUCGUACAUCAACUCUUUUGAUAUCGUACUGGUGAAGGACGAGACGAUGGACGUUCCAAACGGCAUCCUCAGAUGCAUUACCUCAUUGGGACGCAACAAGUAAGAAGUGCAUGAAGAAACAUGGACACGACUCAGUCCUAACACAUAAAGACAAACUCAUUCACUCCAUUUACAGUGUUGCAAGCUGGACAAUCACUUACCUCAAACAGACCUCAAGACUGGACCUUUUCACCCGUGUCCUCAGGAGCGAUUAAUGGUGCAAAUCACACACUCUUUACUCUGAAGUCUUUAUUUGUACUCUCUCUUUGUCUUUGACUCUUGACUUGUAUUUGCUGAGCAUGAAAGCUAUCCUACCACAGUCCAGAGUUUCAAAAGAUCUAAAUGAGGUCAUCUAGUUGUAAUGUACUUUGGAAGAAUCUCUCUGUUUGUUUGUUUUACCUCCUUUGUUUGAGGAAAUCCCUGCGAUUUCUCAAUGGGAAACAGUAGCAUUAAAAUGGCAAUAUGCCAGUUUAACUUCAGUGAGGGAAUAUUUAUAAUCCUUUGGCCUCAGCUCAAAGUAAACUCACUCUGGAAACAAAUCAACAACUCAGUGAUCUCUUACAAAUAUGUCAGUAUGUACAGUUAAACGGCAUAUUUCUCAUAUAAAUCUUUUUUUUUGUUUUACUGUAUGAGGAUGAGCUGGUUUUAAAUAUCUUUUACUUUGAGCUCAUGUAUGAAGAUGUAAAAAACAUUUCAUACUGUCAUGGUGUGUUUUUUGAUGUACUGUACUCUAACCUCUGUUUUCUCUGCAAUUUCUUCAUACUCCAGUCUACAUACUGUGCACACAGAUCAUCAUGUUACUUGGAGGGUGCCGCUAACUUGACUACGAUGAUAACAGUUUUUAAACUACUGUAUUAGUUAUUGACUGAGUUGUUACUUUUGACAUGCAACAGUGGAGACAAACACAGUAACCCCAAUUGUUGUGUCUUUCAGCUGAAACAUGGUGGCUGCUAUUAGUAAAAACUUGUCAUUUACUUUGUUGCACUUUACUACAGGUUAAAGGUAUAGUUAACAUUUAUGAAAAUGUGUUAAGAUACUUUAUGGUAAAAAGAAGGAAGCUGUGGUAGAAAUAUAAUUAACAACCCAUAUCUGCAACAGAAAUAUCACAUACAUUGCAUGAGAAACUCUCCCUUUAACUUACAUUUUAACUGUUUCUGAAGGCUACUAAUAAUUUCUUGCAACAGUCUUAAGACUUUCAGGUGGUCAUUAAUGGAUAGAUGACCUGUUUCUAUUAGAGAUGCAUCAAUAUUAAUGAUACUAAUAUUUUUCUCACAAAU